CCGCCGCCGCCUCGGGGGACCCGGCCCGGCGGGACCUGCCCCCUCGUGUCCCCUCACCGCGCCCGCCCCUUCCCGGGGCCUGCCCCGCUCCCCGCCGCUGCCGAGGCGGCCGUUCCCCCCUCCCCCGGGGCGGGCGGUGCGUGGCCGGGGCCGCCGUGUCAGGGACGGGAGGGAAGGGGGGGGCCGAGCCUCCUCCCGGGGAAACGGCCCCUUCCCCGGCAGCCGGGGAGGCGUCCCCGAGGGGCGCCGGCCGCCCUGCCCUCGGGGUCCCGAAAUAGCGGACCAGGCCCUGGCGGGUUCGCACCAGCGACGGCCGCUGCUGGGAACGGGGCCCGCCGUGGCCAGGCCGCCCCUCGCCCGCGCUUUGUUCCCCCUCUGUCGUCCCCGGGAGCUUCGGAGAGUGUUUGGGGGGUGGGGGUGGGGGCAAGAAACCCCCAAUAAUCUGUUCACCUGAGCGUUGUGGCAGUGGUGCGUGUCGGGCUUUGAGCGGGACCCCCGGGUGCGCGCAUAGGAAGAGCGCUUCUGUUUCCUCACCCGGGACGCGCAAAUGGAUGUGAUCUUCAUGGUGAGCUGGUGGGAGAACUGAGUUGUAAAUCACCCCAAUGGAUGCGGACAGUGAUGUUGCAUUGGACAUUUUAAUCACAAAUGUAGUGUGUGUUUUUAGAACAAGAUGUCAUUUAAACUUGAGAAAGAUCGCAUUAGAGGGAGCAAAUGUGAUAUACAAGCGUGAUGUUGGGAAAGUACUAAUGAAGCUUAGGAAACCUAGGAUUACAGCAACAAUUUGGUCCUCAGGAAAAGUUAUUUGCACAGGAGCCACAAGUGAAGAAGAAGCUAAAUUUGGUGCCAGACGAUUAGCUCGUAGUCUACAGAAACUAGGUUUUCAGGUAAUUUUCACAGAUUUUAAAGUUGUGAAUGUUUUAGCAGUGUGCAACAUGCCCUUUGAGAUCAGAUUGCCAGAAUUUACGAAGAAUAACAGACCUCAUGCGAGUUAUGAACCGGAACUUCAUCCUGCCGUGUGUUACAGAAUAAAAACUCUCAGAGCUACCUUACAGAUUUUUUCCACAGGCAGUAUCACAGUUACAGGGCCAAACGUAAAGGCUGUUGCCAGUGCUGUGGAACAGAUUUACCCAUUCGUGUUUGAAAGCAGGAAAUAAAUUUUAUAAUUCACCACUUGAUGGUUAGGUUCCCUAACCAAGCACCUUUAAAGACUGCUGCACAUUGGACUAAAAGCAAAAAGAAAAACUGGACCAACCGUAGUAGAGGAAUACAGACUCUCGUACUUGCUCAUGGCCACAGUAUAAACUCCAGUUCUUUUGGAUUUUACUCUUACAGUGCUGUAUUGUAAAAACGGAAGUUUACAAGAUAUGAAAUUGCUGCUUUUAAAAAGACAUUCUAUUUAUUUUUGCAGUAAUUUCUGUGUAUUCAUAAGCAAAGCUGUCACGAUGUGCACUACCUUUAAAACAUUUUUUUUUUUUAGUUUGAGCUUGUGUUUUAUUUGUGAAUAGUCUUUUACAUUUUUGUAUGCUGAAUAUUGGGCACCAAAGAAGCUGUAAAACUUAUCUUUUUCACCUUAUGAAUGUGCACAAAUAAAAGUUUGGAAAAUA